CCGAACAAGUCGGCACGUCGCCGUCGACGUGGUCGCCAGUGCCGCCGUGAAACAAGUGAUAGCGCGAGCGCGCGCGCGCGCGUGUGUGUGUGAGUGUAUCAGUGCAGCGUCAGUGUGUGCGUUCGCCAUUGUGCGCGUGUGUAUGUGAAGUGAUACUCAGUGUUGCCAACAUGAAAGUGAAUGUGAAAGUGAUAAAGUGAUGGUCUCUCCAAUAGGAGUGCUCCUAGUGCAGUGUGACUACUUCACCUACUUGGAUUAACAUCACCUCUCCGUCAUCCGAGCCGCCCGCACAGUGGAUGAUGCGUGGCUCCUAGGCAUGGCCGCCGUGUGCUCCCCGCGCCUUCGCCCCGCGCCCAGCCCCACGCCCCUGCACCAUGCUCACCAUCCCCGCGGCUAUGCGCCGGCCGUGCCUCCCGGACGCCGCCCAUAGGCCGCCCACCGCGCUCGGGGAGCUGGCCGACGACGGGCUGUCGUCGGCGCCGCCCUCCAACGGCAACCCCCAGGAGGAGUUUGUCGACAUCCUCCAGGUGCAGAGGCUACUGCUGGACAAUGCGGACCGUGGGGAACGCAGCCGCCUGGACGCUGCCGACGGUGGCAAAGACAGUGGUGAAGGGGUGGCCGAGCAUGCGGCCGCCACCUCGAGCGCCAACACCACCCCUACCUCUCUGCGGGAGGCCUUCCUCCUCGCGAGCGGGCUGCACAGUGCGCCCGUCACCACCACCGCGCCGUCAGGGCCCCCCUCGGGGCGCGUGCUGCAGCGCCAGCUCGGCGUCAUCCCGGGGCACUACAACGUGCACUACCCCGUGGAGGACCUGUUCGCGCUGUGGCUCAACUCUACCUCAGGUGCCGCCGGCCCCAACGCCGGCACCUCCACGAUGACCAUGGACGGGCUGGACACGCUGCCGCCCCACUCCGCGUCAGGGCACGGCGGCCACGGCGCCCACCCCGGGCCGCUGGCGCCGCUCUACCCGCACACGUCCACCGCCUUCCUGCUCACCGAGUCCGCGGCCGCGGCCCAGCACCACUUCAACGUGCUCAGCUUCGACGCGUGCCUCAUCAAGGGGCCCGCCGGGCAGGACCCGGGUUCGAGUCCCGUCCCCGGCGCCCAGGCCACUUCGGACGUCUACGGCCAGGAGGCCGCCGCCCCUGAUGUGCAGCCCGGCGACCUCAACACCCCCGUCACCACCUCCGGGGACAUCCCUUCCUUCUUCCCCAACAAUGUGGUCGAGCCGCCGCCCAUCUCUGGCGCGCUGCCGAGCGAGGAGCUGGACCUGGAGACUGCCGCCGCCACUCCCGACAAGAGCCUGGCCAGCCCUGGCGUCCCGGACGCCGUGGCCGCCAGCACGGCCUCCACGGCCACCUCGUCCAGCCUGACCGCCAAGGUCGAGCUGUGCGGCAGCCCCGUGCCCGGCGUGGCCGACGAGGACCUCAGCAACACCAGCCAGAGCAGCAUGUUCCCCCAGCGCAUCAGUUACCGCGGCAUCUUCACGACGACGGGCUCCGGCAUGGGGCUGUCCGGCCAGCAGGGCGGCCUCGGUGACCUGCCGUCGCCCAACCACUGGCUGCUGCCGUCGCCCGACAAGACGCUCUUCCCGCCCAUCUUCGGCAUCCUGAACCAGCCGGCCGCGUCGCCGCCGCAGCACUCCCACUACGCCACCAGCUCCAGCCCCGUGCAGCAGCACUACGACGACCGCCAGCAGCAGCAGCAGCAGGUCGAGCUGCUGGGGCUGAGCAUCGAGCCCUGCAUGAAGCAGCCGCCCAGCUACAGCAGCUGCCUGGAGCAGCCCGAGUACCGCCUGCAGCAGCAGCCCAACAAGUACCAGUGGCUGGACUCACCGGCGCAGGACUACAACAUGAUGGGCGGCCCCGCCACCCCCGGCGUGGUGCCGAAGCAGGAGCCCUUCAGCGCGGCGGCGGAGCAGCAGCAGCAGCAGCAACAACAACAGCAGCAACAGCAGCCCUUCUCCGGGCCGCCCAACCCAGUCAACCUGGCCGAGUACAACCCCUCGACGAGCAAGGGCCACGAGAUCCUGUCGCAAGUGUACCAGCAGUCGCCGCUGCCGCUCAAGCUGGUGCCCGUCAAGCCCAGGAAGUACCCCAACCGGCCCAGCAAGACGCCGGUGCACGAGCGGCCGUACGCGUGCCCCGUGGAGAACUGCGACCGACGGUUCUCGCGGUCGGACGAGCUGACGAGGCACAUCAGGAUCCACACGGGGCAGAAGCCCUUCCAGUGCCGGAUCUGCAUGCGCUCCUUCAGCCGCUCGGACCACCUCACCACCCACAUCAGGACGCACACCGGGGAGAAGCCCUUCUCCUGCGACGUCUGCGGCCGCAAGUUCGCGCGCUCCGACGAGAAGAAGAGGCACGCCAAGGUGCACCUCAAGCAGCGCAUGAAGAAGGAGAAGCUGAGCAGCAGCAGUCACCAGCAGCAGCAACAGCAGCAGCAUCACCCGCAGCACAGCCACGUGCACCACCACCACUUACACCAGCAGCACCUCAUGGUGGACGACGGGCUCAUGCCGGUGGUGUCGAGUGCGCUGUAAGCUAGGACCUGGGUUCGAAUCCCGGUUAGACCUCUUCUCUUUGCUGUGAUUUUUCUCUUUUUUGUACCCUGUAGUGAUGGUGUCUGAUACGUACGACUGAUUGUGUGUGUCUCAAAAAACAUUUCUUCUAGUGUGUAAGUGUGCGAAUGUGUGAUGAGUCAAGACGUUUCGACCAGUGAACAAAGUGUUGAGUGUUUCAAGUGCAUAGGGGGCAGGCCCCCAAGGAAUCUGAUAGGUCAGUUACUUUGUUUUCAUUUUUUUGUUAAGGGAUUUCUGUUUCGCAAACAAACCUGUUAUGUUAUGUUUAUGUCUGUUGUGAAUUUUUAGCACGACAAUUUGUGUUUUAUUCUUUGUGUCCAUAAGGAAGACGCUAACCUACUGAAUACAUGUAACAAUCAAGCUUUAAUUAGGUAACUUACAAAGGACCGAAGUAUGCUAUUUUUAUUUUUUAUUUGUAUUAAAUUGUUAUAUUUUUGAGCGUUAAAUAACCAUUUAACAGAAAGAAGACAUUCCGUACUAUGCUUAAAACUUCAAAAAAUGUGGAUCUAAAAUAACGAAUGGAAACGAGUUCGCAAUCAGAGGGCAUGAGGGCGUAUACCUUUUAAAAAUAAAUAAAAUUGAGUGUUUGAAAACUUUAGCGAGUCAGUGCAUGUGUGCGUGAGAGUGAGGUAGUGUGUGUGUGUGUGUGCGUGUGCGUGCGUGCGAGUGUGUUAGGUGCCAGGGUGCUCUUCCGGCGUGAAUGUUUUGCAUGGGACCUUUACAUAUGGUUGAUUUGGGACGUUGCCAAACAAAACCAAAAGUGGCCACAAUGAUAACAUCGGGAUGUUGGGCGUACUUCUUUCGCGCGGACGCGCAUUUUCAAUUUUUCGUUUUUCGUAUGAGGCAACGAAGGAGUCCCAUUAAAUCAUCGGUUGUCUGCUUAAAAAUCAUACCAAAGCAACGUGUAUAAAGGUUGGUUGAAGGCACUUUGAACUCAGUCAUUCAAGUUCCACAAAUUGAGUUACCAAAUGAGCGUUAGUACCGAUGGAGUACAAAGUGUUAGGUUUCACCCCUUGGGUUUCAGGCGUCGGUUCUGUGUUUCACGGACAAAGCCACCAUCAUAGCUGUGUUGUAGAAAAGAACUCCCAAUUGCAGGUUGUAAACCCGAGACGGUUGUGAUUCUGGUUCUGCCGUGAAUUAGAACCGGCAAGUUGGACUGAUCUGGGUUGGAACCCCGGUUCUCCUUAGCGAGGGGAGGAUCUGAUCUCAUCAUCGUUUUGUAUUUAUUUGUUUUUGUCCGAAACUUGCUGUAUAAACCCGGGUUUAUUUUACGUGACUUUGUUUCGUACCAGUGGUGCUUACCACUUUAAACAUCAGCGUACAAAUUCUUUAGGCCUAAUACCGUUUCAAUUAAUUUAUGUACAUAUUAGAUAGUCGACUAAAAUUUCUCGAAACCCAACUGUGUACAUAUAAUAAAUAUUUAACUGUUACAUUUUCACGUUAACUUAUGUUCGUUUAUGGGAACGUUUCCCAGCUUUCUAGUUUUCAAGCCUGCAAAAGGUCCCUCUAGGGAUAUGCAAAUUUUGUUUGGAAUUCCCUUACCAUUGCGUUGGCGAAUCCGUUUUUAUAUUUUAUUUGAUGUUUUUUUGCUAUUUUAUUUGUUGUUUUUUCCUAUAGCUGUAUUUGGACAUGGCCUCUAAACGACCCGCACAUAGUAUUUAAUGCUUUUUUGUUCAUUUUUGUCCUCGUUAGAAAAACAGGGCGAAACAGUCUUUACCGAAGCGCCAAGCGCAACGACGGGAGAUAUCUUGUUAGGCAAGUAGUUUCUUGUAUAGUCAAGACGUGAUAAUGUGAUAUUAAGGAAUAGGCCGUGUCCAAUCAGUAUUGCAGAAAGGUCCCACCUUCUGUAUCUCCCAACCGGCGAAUAGUCAAAUCAUUUUUUUUUUCAGUUGCCAUGUCAUAUUAGUGAAAGAUUUAUUAUUAAUUUAUUGACUAUUUAAGACCGAACAUGUUAAUGUUUUGUCAAUAUGUGUAAUGUUGAGAGUUAUAAUUUAAUUACACAAUUGAAACGAACACAUUUGGUUUUACUAUUUCUAUGUCUGUCUAUUUCACCCCUUAUCUUGAUAAUUAUCGAUUUUCUGUGUCAUUGUAUUGGUAUGCUACGAAUUUCAUGUAUUUACUAUUGGGCAUAAAAUGCUCUCACUUGAUGUUCUUGUGAUGCACGAUGUAUGUAAAACCAUUUGCGGUCUUUUAAGGGCAUAAUUAAAUUAUGGUUCAACCUUAUGUAUCAGUUUAAGCGGUGGCUUGAUUUGGUGGUGACGCUGACAAGAUCGGUGGGAAGGAUCAGAGUAAACCCGGAGAAAAAAAACGUCAAAGCGAAAACAAACGUUUCUUGGCAUGGCAUCUUUUCAGCCACCACCAAAACAACCCGAUUCUGCUCAAAAUUUUGUAGAGGUUCUUAUUAGACUCUAGAUAGGAAAGAUCUUGUGUGAGGCUGUUAAAUAUAGUGAAUGUGAUAUUUCUGAGAAUAAAGACAAUUGAAACUGUUUCUUUUUGUAUACCUGUUGCUAUAAUAUUUACCGUAGGAGUCCUACGUAGUUUUAAAGCCUAUCGGAAUCUCAUGCACCUACAGCAUAAUAAAGUUUCAUAAUAGUCUAUUUAUUUGUACCAUACUGUAUCUGUGUUUAUCCUUCCCUGUUUCUAUCAUUUUCUCUUGUUGUAAACGUAAAUGAUCUAAAAUAAUAUAUGGCUGUAAACUGUGAAAAGUCUGUAACUAUACUAAUAAAUUUAAACAAUCGUUUAAAAUGUCCGAAAA